CUAGAAAUUUGGUACCAAAGCCUUCAUUUAUACCUCCAGCGCCUCAGUCAUCCACGACGCAGUCAGUGAUUUAGUCGAAGCCGACGAUACUCACCCUUAGUCUUUAUUUAUCCCCAACAAAAGAACUCUAUUCCCAUUCCAAAGCACUCGGCAACGAACUGGUCCUCAAACACAACGAUCCUACCCACGGCUUCCUCACAACUUGUAUCCGACCUCUGGAAUCUUCGGAGGAAAUGAUCCCUGCUCUGUAAAAUCCUUCGCUGAAAGAGCCGCUACGGGGAAACUUAAAAUCUAAAUUGAAGAUUGGAAAAAUCUCUUCGAUUUCACCUACGUGGGUAAUGUCAUCGAUGCUCAGAUUCUAGCUGCGCAGAAAUUAUUGCUUCAUCUUGAAUCUCCUGUUAAAGAUGAAUCUAUGCGUGUUGAUGGCCAGGGAUGCCUCAUCACGAACGAUGAACAUAUUCCCUUCUGGGAAUUUGCCCGCGCAAUUGAUGAAGCGGCAGGACAUCCUACUCGAGAAGAAGAUGUGAAGUCGGUGCCGAAGAUGGUUGGACUUUUUAUGGCGAUUGUUGCUGAGUGGAUGGUGUGGAUUCUGUCGUUUGGACGGAAGAAGUCGAGGGUUAAUCGGGUGGGUAUUGCAUACAGUUGCAUGACGAGGACAUACCGGAUUGAUAAGGCGAAGAAGGCUUUGGGAUAUGAGCCCCGUGUUAGUUUGGAGGAAGCUCUCAGGCGUAGUGGAGGGUCAUUUGCGGUGAAGAGUCAGAAGAAGGAUUGACCUGGAGGUUCAGUGCAUGGUUGCUCUUAAAUAUGUAACUAUUAACCACUUAAUCAUAGAGUGAAACAGCUCGACACGAAUCUCUACGUCUGAAUGUACUUUUGCAGUAAUCUUGAUCAUGUGAUUUCAGUCCUAGUAAUACAUCCAAACAUACCCAUACCACACUUUGUUCGACAAAACUUCACUUGAUGUCCAACUUCUCACUUUAAGUGACGUUUCAUAGUGGCUUUUUGGACUGAAUAUGAUAUCCUAGUGCUGGCUGCCACUUCAGCAAAUCCCAUCACUUCCCCUUUACCUCAACAUAAUCAGACUGUUCUUGAGAGCGACAGAUUCCUUUCUGUAGCAGGAGCUUUCUUGGCCAUCUCUUCCUCCUCCUGUCACUGCUUCCCUCUCCUCUUCAAUCAAGUCUCAUCAAA